CACAAAAGGUCAGACUUGAAAUAGUCGGGUCAGAGAUCUCGUUUUCCAGUAAAUCGUUUUCUAUCAAAUUCCCAGAAACCCUAAUCCAAAUUCUUCCCCAAAUUUUUCUUCAAUUCUGACACCCCCCGGUUGGUAAAAGUUGGGCGUAAAUUCAUAAAUUUGCAGAAAUCUGUGUCGAUCAUCUACUUCCAUCCCGCAGCCGGCCGACCAAAAUGGUCAUAUCUGAGAAGAACAGGGAUGGAUAUCAUGGAGGUGUCGAAGGUGGAGCUCCAGUUGAUCAUCAGCCUGCUUUCAGGGCCCCCGCAGCAUCAGAAGGAACACAAGUCAACUACCAGGAAGAGGCUGCAGGGGAGGAUUGUGAUGAUAAAUGUAAAGUUAUGGAAGCCGAGAAAUCGAGCAUAUUAUCUUCACCGUCAUCAGAAGGAAAAACAGCCACGGUGGAUGAGAGAGAUUCUGAUGGCAUAUCUACAUCUUUCUCAUCAUCCAAAGAGAUGGAAUCAGCCAAAUCCGAUGAUGAUGAUGAUGAUGAGCCCGAUGAUUAUGAGUCCAGUGCUGAUGGCCAGUUGUCUAUUUAUCCAUGUUCAUUGGAGAAGGAUCCAGUGAUUUUGGAGCUGUACCGUGAGGAGCAAAAAUGGAUCCCUAAAGGACAGCUUUACAAGGAUGAGAAGGCUUGGGCUGUCUACUUUGGCGAGAUCCACCGCACUCGGGGCUAUGAGGUGAAGAGUUUUCCGGGUGUUUGCUUAAAAGCUAGCUUCUGGCCUUGGGAUUUCAGAGCAGGAUCCAAUCAGGUUGGACAAUUCCCCCCCCAAUGCACCCCGACCCUCCAAGAUUUCAUUGACUGGUGUGGUGAAUGCAUUGACCACUUCAACAAAACCCAUCCUCAGGUAUUCGUUAUUAAAUUCUCAUACAUCGGUAUCGCUCUUUAGUUCCUUUUGAUGGUAGCAGAUUGAAUUGAUUUGAUUCGAUUGCCAGUAUUACCCCUGCAUUUCUUUUCUUCUUCUUUGUUGAUUCUUUUGUUUGAUUACAACAAUAAUGAUAAUAAGAAAAAUUAUAUACAUCUUCCCAUUUCCUUAUAUGCCUGCAGUAUGAGUACGCGUUUAAGGGGGAGGCGGCUGAUAUUGAACGCGUAACUGUUGAGCUGACUGAUUCUCACGAUAUGUGGUAUCUUACUUUCAAAGCGAGUAACGUCAAGGAGGGCAGCAAUGUCAAAGAAACCUUUCGAGCUAAGUAUUGCUGGUGUCAGGUGCAUGGCCGGGUUCGUCCAAAACGAGUGGCUUUUUGUGAACUGAAAAUGGUGCUUGACAUCGAAUGGGAGGAGGAAGACAAAGCUAACACGCGGUGCUAUCUUCCUUGCUGUCUCGAAAAAAACAUGUUAGGGCUUCUUCAUCGAUCUUCAUGAAGCAUAUUUUGUCUUACUUGAUUGACUCUUUUAGCCAGCUGCUGCGUGAUGCCAAAUGGCCUAAUGUAAAUGAGCAAAAUCUAUAUAUGUUACUGAGUUUUGUGCCUUCAAAUUACAGAGGUGUCAAUGGCUUGAGUUUGAGCUCUUGUGUUUUCCCCUUGGUUUUAGUUGCCGAGAUAGUUGAAAAUUACGAAUUCGACUAACCAUGUUACUGUGAUUAAGGAGAAAAAAGUUGUUUCCACGUGUAUGGUUAAGUUUUAUGAUUAUUUUGAGCAGAUUCGUAAUCAAGCAAUAAAGCAAAGCUAGUACAUUUGGUGGAGUUAGU